GGAUAAAUUGCGGGAAGAUAUUAUCGUUAUGAAAACAUAAACAAAUUUAUUUUAGAAAAAUGUACUCGUAAGCUUGACAAAUACUUUAUUCGAUUUUUGUGUCUUAAAGAAUUGACACAGAUUUAUUUUUUUAUGGAAAAGUGUCUAUGAAUAAGCUACUGAUGAUUAUUACUUAUCGAAUUUGUUCUGGCAACAAUUAAAAAUUCCAGUCAUGGCUGUGUCACUUGAUGAGGAAAAGUGGAUACAAGAAGAAAUUGAAAAGCAUAAAAUUCAGAUAAAAGCAGCAUCUGUGGAGGUUGGUGAUUUAUCAGAGAAAAAUCUGAAUGACAAGGUGUCUGAGAAACUUGAUGAUUUGUUUGAACAGACCAUGUUCAGGGAAAGGAUAAAUCUAUUCAAUAAGAGGUUAGAGAGGAGUGAGGUGAUGGUUGCUGAGUUGUUCCAGCACCCAGAGAUUGGAGAGGGAGACGCCCCUCACAAAACACCUGAGCAUGAGUAUUUGGAGAACCUUAUGGAGCGCCAGUGCUGUUUGGUGUCAGAUAUCAUGAGAACACUCAAGGAAUGUAGAAAAUACCAGGAAGAAUUAGAUGCGGUGAAAAAAGAAAACAGAGACAUACAGGUAGAAAACAGACAACAACUAAAAGAACUGAAAGAGAAACAGGAGAGAAGGAGAAAGACACAAGACCAGGAAACCCAGGGUUUGUGUGAGGAGUUGGACCAGCAGCUACAAAUGAUCUCCAUCACUAGAUGUAUACUACAGGGCCUGAUUGUAGGAAGUGGGGUUCACUGGGCCGAGAACCAGCAACUACAGGAACUGGUCCUCAAACUGGGGGAAUUCCUCCAGAUAUAAACUGUUGUAAGUCAAUGGGAUCCAGCAAUAGCAGCUUUCCUCUGCACUUAUGGAAGUGAUAUUUAUUUGUUUAUUAUUUCUUCGGAUUGUAACAGGGUUUCAGUGGUAGAUACAGAUUUUUUUUUUUUAAUAAUUGAAUAUUGGAUUAUUUUUUGCCCAAGACAAAGGGCAGAAGACUACAAACUGCUUAAAUAUUUCAUUUGUAGAAAAGUAAAUACAUGCUAUACAGUGAACAAUUUAUCAAUAUUUUGAAAGGACAAUUUACACAAUGGUUUCAAAGAUAGCAACAUUUUAUGUAAGGCCAACAAAAAUAAUAGUCUAGUUUCCUGCUGCCAGCCUCCAAAAAAUAGGGUAGGUAGGUAGGAAUAUUAUUUUAUUUCAUUCCAAUGGUAUUUGUUCAUGUUGUUGGAUAUGAACUAUUACAAAACCAAAUUAAACAUGUCAUAGGUCAAUAUUAUUGUUUAAAAUAAGAAGUGUUUUAUGAAAGCCCAUAUUUAAAACUUAUAUUUCGUGAAAUACUACUUGAAUAUAUUUUUUUUCACUUUUGGAUCAUGAAAUUUCCGAUUUUCCCCAAAAAACUAUAUAAAAACUUUAGG